UGCGCGACCAGCGGUUUGUUUUUCGGAGCGUUCCUGAGGCAGAGAACGGUGGCCGGACCGAUCGACUGCGGGACCGAGAGACUGGCGGGCGGGCGGGGCGAGCGGCGCCGCCGAGGCCGGGCCGGGCCGAAGCGAGGAGCGCCGGGGAUGUAGCGGGCCACCCUGCCCAUGCCACAGCGCCCGGCCGCGGGCGGAGCCGGAGCCGGAGCCUGGGGAGGCGGCGGGGGCCCUGAGCGCUGCCCGCGCCCCCCGCGCGGAGCCAGGCCCGCUGCCGUCCCCGCCGCCCGGGCCCCCGGCAUGCAGCCCCGGCUGCGGAGGUGACCCUUGGGCCCCCAGCCGCCGCCGCCGCCGUCGCCACCAUGGACGAACAGGAGGCAUUAAACUCGAUCAUGAAGGAUUUGGUGGCCCUUGGGAUGAGCCGACAUGCUCGGGGAUCUGGAUAUGAGACCAUGAAGAACAAAGACCCAGGUCACUCAAACAGGCAGAAAAAACACAACAGCAGCAGCUCAGCCCUUCUGAACAGUCCCACAGUAACAAGCUCAUGUGCAGGGGCCAGUGAGAAAAAGAAAUUUUUGAAUGACGUCAGAAUCAAGUUCGAGCACAACGGGGAGAGGCGAAUUAUCGCCUUUAGCCGGCCUGUGAGGUAUGAAGAAGUGGAGCGCAAGGUGACAACAGUGUUCGGGCAGCCGCUGGAUCUCCAUUACAUGAACAAUGAGCUCUCCAUCCUGCUGAAAAACCAAGAUGAUCUUGAUAAAGCAAUUGACAUUUUGGACAGAAGCUCAAGCAUGAAAAGCCUUAGAAUAUUGCUGCUGUCCCAGGACAGAAACCAUACCAGCUCUUCCCCUCACUCUGGGGUGUCCAGGCAGGUGCGGAUCAAAGCUUCCCAGUCCGUGGGAGACAUAAACACCAUCUACCAGCCUCCCGAGCCCAGAAGCAGGCACCUCUCUGUCAACUCCCAGAACCCCGGGCGAAGCUCCCCUCCCCCAGGCUAUGUUCCUGAGCGACAGCAGCGGGUUGCCCGGCAGGGGUCUUAUACCAGCAUCAACAGUGAGGGGGAGUUCAUUCCCGAGACCAGCGAGCAGUGCGUGCUAGAUCCUCUGAGCAGUGCUGAAAACUCCUUGUCAGGAAGCUGCCAGUCCUUGGACAGAUCAGCAGACAGCCCAUCCUUCCGGAAAUCUCGAAUGUCUCGAGCCCAGAGCUUCCCAGAUAACAGACAGGAAUUCUCAGAUCGGGAAACCCAGCUCUAUGACAAAGGGGUCAAAGGUGGAACCUAUCCCCGGCGCUACCAUGUGUCUGUACACCACAAGGACUACAAUGAUGGCAGAAGAACGUUUCCCCGAAUACGGCGUCACCAAGGCAACCUGUUCACCCUGGUGCCCUCCAGCCGCUCCCUGAGCACAAAUGGAGAAAACAUGGGCCUGGCAGUGCAGUACCUGGACCCCCGAGGGCGCCUGCGGAGCGCGGACAGCGAGAACACCCUCUCGGUGCAGGAGAGGACGGUGCCCACCAAGUCUCCAAGUGCCCCCAUCAAUUGGCGCCGCGGGAAGCUGCUGGGCCAGGGCGCCUUUGGCAGGGUCUAUCUGUGCUACGACGUAGACACAGGCCGCGAACUGGCUUCCAAGCAGGUCCAGUUCGACCCCGACAGCCCUGAGACAAGCAAGGAGGUGAGCGCCCUGGAGUGUGAGAUCCAGCUGUUGAAGAACCUGCAGCACGAGCGCAUUGUGCAGUACUACGGCUGCCUCCGGGACCGCGCUGAGAAGACGCUGACCAUCUUCAUGGAGUACAUGCCGGGGGGCUCUGUGAAGGACCAGCUGAAGGCCUACGGAGCUCUGACGGAGAGUGUGACCCGGAAGUACACCCGGCAGAUCCUGGAGGGCAUGUCCUAUUUGCACAGCAACAUGAUCGUCCACCGGGACAUCAAGGGUGCGAACAUCCUCCGAGACUCGGCUGGGAAUGUGAAGCUGGGGGACUUCGGGGCCAGCAAGCGCCUGCAGACCAUCUGCAUGUCGGGCACGGGCAUGCGCUCCGUCACCGGCACGCCGUACUGGAUGAGCCCCGAGGUGAUCAGCGGCGAGGGCUACGGCAGGAAGGCAGACGUCUGGAGUCUGGGCUGCACCGUGGUGGAGAUGCUGACGGAGAAGCCGCCCUGGGCAGAGUAUGAAGCCAUGGCCGCCAUCUUCAAGAUCGCCACCCAGCCCACCAACCCUCAGCUGCCCUCUCACAUCUCCGAGCACGGCCGGGACUUCCUGCGGCGCAUCUUUGUGGAGGCCCGCCAGAGACCUUCGGCCGAGGAGCUGCUCACACACCACUUUGCACAGCUCGUGUUCUGAGCUCUGGAGGCCGCCGUGCUGCCCGGGCGAGGGGCUGCUGCGGGCUCGGCCAAUUGCUGCUUCUCCCAGGCAGGGCUGUGGACCACGGGGCUGCAGUCCAGCCGGCGUGGGUCUGGGGCCCUUCUGCUGUCGCCUCCCAGACUGGGCGCCCCCAGCCUGCCAGACCCAGGAGCCUCCAUGCCCUGAGCUCCGCGCAGCGGCGGCGGGGUCGGGGCUCAGAGCAGCGUGCGGGGCGCCUGGGCUCCCUGAGGCUGUGCCCGACGCUCGUCCUCCGCACCCAAGCCCACAGGCUCUGGAGGCCCGGGACCGCAGGAGGUCUGAAUAGUGUUCCCAGGAUUCUCCUCUCCGUGUCUGGAGACCACCAGGUCACCUUGGGGCUGGCCGAGCCCACCCAAACCGGAAGUCGGACCCAGCUGCCAGCAGCCGGCGGGCGGCAGAGGCCGGGCCGUGCUCUCCCUGGAGCCCCGAGGCCAGCUUUGCCAGUUCCUGUCUUUUACCAAAGAGAAGUGAAGCGAACGUCAUCCUGCCUUAUUCAGGGAGGGGGGCACCCGUCCUGCCUGCCCUGGUGACCCCGCCCCACACCCAGGGGCCUAAGAUGUGGAUCUGCCCCCCCCCGGCGGAGGGGGACACCCAGUUUUGUCAAUGCAAUUGUCUGUUUUACAAGUUGGAGUCACUCUUAUGCUGUACUCAAGUUUCUAAACUGGAGACUUAGUGUGCCCUGUGGGCUCGGUGGGUUGGCAAGAGCUGAAGGCAGUGGCCUCUGUUCCCCCGGAGCAGACGGACAGACAGCACAGGGGUGGGGGGGCGAGGGGCGGGGCGGGGGGUUGUGUGUCCGACCCAGCUGGUGCCCUGAGAAGGCCAUUCGAGAUAGCCAGGAGGGGUUGUAUUAGGUGUCUAAGAGUUGUCGCCAGCUGGGCCCGAGCCCUCCUCACCUGGUGGAACGGGUCGCUCAGAGGAUGCACCAACUCUGUCCAAACCCGCCAGCUCUGCUCCUCCCUGGCUGCCUUGCCCAUCCCCACGAGGCCCCAGCCUUUUCCUGCCUCGCUCCUUCCCGGGAGACGAGCGGCAGCAGGGCUGGGAGCCAGAAUCUCCAAGCAGCUUCGAGUCGGCCUUAUUUACCUCAGCCUGGGCGCUGGUCCUCUCUUCCGGCCCCUCCCCUCUGAAAUGUGCCUAUUGCUAGAGCUCUCCUCUCGGCACCCAGCGACCUUGGGAGUUGUCGUUAAAGCCAGUGCCCAAGGACGGGCAUCUCCCCGGGAGCUGGGGAUCAGCGCCAGGCAGCUCAUUGCCAGCCAUGCCCACCUCCCCAUGGGCACCAGAACAAGCCAAAGCCUUCGUUGUCUGUUGACGAUGCACUUUUAUGAAUGUAGUUUCUAUCGCUGUUUUUAGCCUUUUCACAUCAUGUCAUGUGAGGCCUUGUACUUGUUAAUUUAUAUCUCAGAUCAUAUUUGAUGGUUUUAUAAAUAUCAGUUCUAGACUGUUACAGGUGAUGGACGCCUCCAGAGAGAAGAGAAAAUGAAAGCAGCUGGUUUUGCAUAAACGCGUGUUGCCUGCUGCCAGCUGGGCUCAGGCCCCUCCCUCUGCAGCCCCGGCCCCCCGUCAUGCCCCCGGAAGACAGCGAGCGCAGGCUCCUGCCACCACCUCAGCCUGGCCUGGGCCCUUGCCAGGCUGGGAAUGGACCCUGAUCUUGACCAGAGCUGUCAGGCGGUGGCUCCUGGUGGCGGCAGCACCCUCCUUGGGCCCACACCCCCACCCCCAGGCCCCUAGAGGUGCCAGCGCUGACGAGACGACUCUGUGCCCCAGGUUCAGCCUCUCACAGAGCCCACCCCUCCGGGUCUUACCUCACAGGGAACAUGACAUGUUUUUCAAGUGGGUGAUGCUAGCCAACCAACUACACUCCAAAAACAAGAAGCGAAACAGAAGACCCUGUUGAUUUUUGUGUGUGUGCCAAAAACUGUGGACAUGCAGGCUCAGCAUCCUCAGGACCAAGCUGUUGCUUAAUUUUAAUUUAUUGUUUUUUUUUUUAAUAAUCCAGAUGAAAAGUUGUGGGCGCAGGAUGGGCCCAAAGAUUCUAAAGGGCUGUCUCCUAGCAGCCCCGGCUUGUUAUGGAAGGGCCGUGUUGCCAUUUUCUGUGGGCUGUGUUGGCCUUAGCCAACCCCCACGAGCCAGGCGCUGGGGACAGUCCGCAUUUCACCGCCAUCCUGUUCCGACCCCCACCCCCCACCCUCCCCAGCUCUGUCUGUGUCUGAAUUGUGGAUAAUGCAGAAGAACCUGCAGCCAUAGUUAUUUGACUAUAUCUUGACCGAGGGCUUGCAGUGCAAAGCCAGGCCAGUGUUGUGCAUUACUUACAAUAAAAGGGAUCAUUUAUACCUGA